AUGAAGACUCCAAAGAUAACAAUAAUAGAAAAAAAUGCAACAAUACCAUUUGCCCUGCAGCUGUGCAUAUGGACAUCUAUUGUAAAGGCAAUAAAUCUUGUUAUUUGCACUUCACGCGAGCAGUGCAUUAAUUCUAUAGAUAAUGUGAAUAAUUGUUUUUCUAUAGAGGAUUCUACUAAUAUUAAAUUAGAUGACUGUAAUAGAAAUUUAUACAAAGAAGCCCACAAUAAGCACUCAACACGCAGUGAUCUUCUCUUAGAUCUAGAUAUUGAAGUUCCAGAUUGGCUGGAUAGUGCAUUGUUAGGAAAAGACUUUACAGAAACCACAAACUCUGAUAUAUUUAACUUGCAGACUAUAGACAAUUUUCUUGAUACCAACCCUUCUGCACUAGAACAAUUGUGUAAUGAUAGAUCAAUUUGGACUAAUUUAGAACCAGAUGAACCAAUGGCAGAUACACCAACAGUCAGCGCCGUUAGCCAAGAAUUAAAUAAAAUUAGUCCUAAUUCAGAAAGCAUCCAAGAAAGCACAUCUACAAUAAGAAAAAGAAAACUUACACAGGACAAAGAAGGCAAAAAAAAGCGAAGUCGCAGUAAAAUCUUUAAAUUAGACGUAAUCAAAAAUUCAGACCAGUAUAAGAUUUUCAUAAAAGAAUUACAUGAAUAUAAACUAUCUAUGUUAAAAGAAUCCACUAAAUAUAGAACAACAGCACCACUGCUAUUUGGCAUUAAAGUAGAUAUAGAGGGUGCAGAACUAAACUUAAAAAAGAGCACAAUAGAUGCUAUUAACAAAAGCAAAAAUAUAUGGAUUGCGUUGCAUUUAGAAAAAAAAGACAAUAUCCAAUUGGGAUUGGGAUUUAUUAGGCAUCUAAGCAAUUGUCCAGCUGAAUUGAAAAAAACAUUUAAGGAUUGUGGUUUAACCUACUAUGAAGGAGUAUUUAUAGAUUUGAGUGGCUAUUUAACCAAGCAAUGCAAGUUUUGUUAUAAUGAGCCAGUGAAUCAUUUAAAAUCUGAUUCAUAUACAACAAUAAUCAAGCCAUAUAAUAUUACACUAGGUGACAUAUAUAUUAAAAAAGACAUAAAUCUUUUAUGGCAUGCAGAGAGCCUGUGGGCCUCCAGUAUUUCUCGCUAUAUACAAAAUUCUACCCCUGUCGAUACAGAAGAAUUGCAGAAAGACUUGGAUUUAAAGCGGAAGCUUCUACUGAUUCUGAGCAUUCCUGAAAUAUAUGAAGACUUGUUUUAUAUGCAGUAUGAUGAAAUUAAUCUAGUAAAAGACAAUAUUUUGUUUCAAUGCUAUAAUAAGGCUUCUAUGCGCAUAUGUAAUCUCUUUUGCAUUAUAGAAUAUUUAUAUGGAAGCAUACAUAGUAAUAAUGAUAUAGUAAAAAAGUCAUAUAUAAACAUAAAAGCCAAUAUGCUUGAAUCUAUAUUAUAUGGAAUGGAUAGUAUUCAAAUAUAUCAGCUUGUAUAUAAAGUAUUUACCUAUUUCUAUAGAUAUUCUAUGUGUUUAUAUAAAAUAAACACAAAUCUUUAUAAAGAAGCCGUUCGCUAUCCAAAGAAUAGUAACAGCAACUAUCUAUCUAUAAAGCAAUAUACGCCACGCCCAGACAAUGAUAUAUCCAUAUAUCGAGGCGCCGCCACCGUUAUGUUGGCCCAUUACAAUGCCUUUACCAUUUCAUUUAAAUACUCUAAUAAGGAUGAUUUAAAACCAAGGUUUUUAGAUAAUAUAUUAUAUAAAACUAUAGAAUGUAAUAAUAUACAAAAAAAUAUUGUUGAACUCUCAUAUUCGAACCACUAUCAUGUUCAGCUUGUAGACAACCGCGCACAUCGUGUUCACGUUAUACAUCUUCCAUUUUUUGUAGGUAAAAAAGACAAUGUUAUAACAUAUCAUUAUAUCCAUACAAUUGAAACGAUUUUAGAGUACAUACAGAAAAUAACACACCUCUGUUUAUAUACUAAAUAUACAUGGACCAAUAAUAUCUAUCCAUUCAAAUAUAACAGAAAAAGCAAAACCUGGUCAAUUAUUACUUUGCCUGUUGAAAAUAAAGGUACUAAAAAGGGCCAAAACAGCAAAAUAUUAGGUAAAAACAGUGCAGACAUGGAUAAAACCAUAGAAGAGAUGGAUAGGCUGGGCUUUGAUAUUGUGUUUUACUACAUUCAAGAGAAUAUAGAAAAAACGGCGUUUGUAUUUGCCCAGUUCAAUCCAAUAGGCGUAGAAGUAGUUAAUGCAGCGUACAAAGAAAACCAGGAAGAAGCAAAGAAGCUAUUCAAUGGAUAUGAGCCAAAUGUUGGUGCUCCACGAAUACCACUAUUCCUAUCUAAACUAACUAUAUCAGCAGUGCACUCUGGCUCUUAUGUUUUAAAGUCGGAAGAGUAUGAAACUAAAAAUCUAUUAGACUAUCAAGACCUAGUUCCUAUUGAGUUUUCCAAUUCGCUAGAUUCUAUAACUGAAAAAAAAGAUCAAAGCCUAACAAUUAUAGACAUACUUAAAAAAAAUAGGCAUGAAAUACAUUAUUACAGCGAUUUCUGCAUAUUAGACAAAAAUACCCCAUAUGAGGACUAUGACUGUUAUGCCAUGGAGAUUCAGCAAAUAAAAUUCGAAUACAGCAAUAUUAUAAAAAUAUUAUGGAUCGUAAAAAAACAAUUUAAUAUAGGAGAAUACACCAACUACGAGCUGUGCCUAUUGCCAAAUAGUAACAAUUGUACUACAGAUGGAUUAAAGAAAAUGACAAAACGCCAAACCUUAUCCCUAUUUUUAGAUAUGCUCCAAAGAAAGCAUGUCUCACAAGAUAUGCUUUGUUAUGGAACAUGCAUAUAUACAAGAAAAAGCGCCGAUCAAAGUUUUACAAUUCCUCUUACCUGCCCAGAAAUGAAAACCCGCAUGAAUGGAUUAUUAACUAAAAACAAUAAAAUGCGUUCUAUGCUUAGCCCUACACUGAAAGAAAAUAUUAAGGAUUUAAAGGCAUACAUAAACCAAACCACAUAUAUUCCUCCGGAUGUUUCUAAAAUACAUAUAUGUGUAAAGAAUAUCAAUUACACAAAAUCUAAGCUUGGCCUACACUAUAAUAUUUUAAAUGCGGUUCUUUAA